CCCACCCACCGGAAACAACCACCCCAAUCCCAUCCAGCAAGCAAGCAAGCAGCAUCCAAUAGUCUCCGCGCCGUCCGUCACCCUCGCCGCCGUCCAUCCAUCCGGCCGGCACUGGUUGCAGGCGGCGGAGGCGAAGCUCGUGCGGUUCCUGCAGGUCGUCGCCGACAGGCAAUGUGGGGCGAGAGGGCUCGUCACAGGCACGGGCACCAUCACGACCACGCCCCCUCCGGGGGUUCCAGGGACCGGCAGCCCAAGUUCAUCGCGGACAACUACAGCUCGGUGGACGAGGUCAUUGCUGCGUUGAGAGAAGCUGGGCUUGAAUCGUCAAAUCUAAUUCUUGGCAUCGACUUCACCAAAAGCAAUGAAUGGUCAGGUAGGCAUUCCUUUGGAAGAAAAUCCCUGCAUGCCAUUAGUGGCACCCCAAAUCCAUAUGAGCAAGCCAUCUCUAUUAUUGGGCGAACACUAUCACCUUUCGACGAUGAUAACUUGAUACCAUGCUUUGGAUUUGGUGAUGCUUCUACACAUGAUCAUUCCGUCUUCAGCUUUUACCAAGAAAAUCGUCCUUGUCGUGGUUUUGAGGAGGUUCUUGACAGAUACCGACAAAUUGUUCCACAUUUGAACCUUUCAGGACCAACUUCUUUUGCACCUCUUAUCUAUGCGGCGAUGUCAGUUGUCGAAAGCAGUAACUGCCAAUACCAUGUCCUCGUCAUCAUAGCUGAUGGACAGGUGACCACCUCAAAUUCAGGUGGAAGAUUAAGUCCACAAGAACAGGCGACUAUACAAGCAAUUGUUGACGCUAGCUUCUAUCCUCUUUCAAUUGUGAUGGUGGGGGUGGGCGAUGGACCAUGGGAUGCAAUGCAGCAUUUUGAUGACUGUAUUCCUGACAGAGCCUUUGACAAUUUCCAGUUCGUGAACUUUACUGGUAUCAUGUCAGCAAGCAAGGAUAUGUCAAAGAAGGAGGCCGCAUUUGCCCUUGCAGCGCUGAUGGAAAUACCCACCCAAUACAAAGCGACCCAAGGCCUUCGACCACCAGAGAGGCACGCACAAAAUCCCAACCCUCUGAGGAUCCUUCCCCCACCCAACAAAGUUCUUGAACAUGACAAUAUUGUCGCAGCUUCCCGUGCUCCAGCCGCAACGUCCCGGUCAACCGACGUUGGCAAGACUGCUUCGGAUGAACAGGUAUGUCCCAUCUGCUUAACAAAUCCAAAGGACAUGGCUUUCCAGUGCGGCCAUUUGACAUGCAAGGAAUGCGGGCCGACGCUAUCGACAUGCCCCUUGUGCCGUGCGCCGAUUACUGUCCGUGUAAGGCUCUUUUCGUAAAGAUGACGCAGCCGUCUGGAAGUGAAGAGUCAGUCAUUCAUGCAGUAUGGUAUCGGCAGUAAUUGAGGAGCAAGAAAGAAGUUGGAAGGGCAAGGAGAUAUGUAAAUGUUCAUAAAGCUUUACUGUAUAUGUCCAGCGCCAACUGUAUUGGCUGUCUGAUGGAUAGUUUCCAUCACCUCUUGUAAAGUUUAUUACUGUCAUCUUGUAAAAGUAGUAGUAGCAGCAGCAGCAGUAGAAAAUCUUGUUUUCUCGUAAUAAAACCUAAAUGAAUCAAUGCUAGCAAUAAUUGUGGCUCAAUAUAAUUUACAUCUUCAUAUCA